UGUUGCUACAGCUGGCCUUAUACCGGAUACCGACUUAGCGGUAUUGGUUACCUAUACCUUGAUGACUGAUAAGGGAGUUUUGUCAAUACAGAAUACAAAUCAAAGAUUAGACAACAAUAAUUAUUAUUAAAGAAGGUAUAUUAUACACGAUUAUUAUUAGCGGGCACCGUUUAGUGUUUACGCUACCAUGUGCAUGUGGAAAAUGCGUUUUUGAAUAUUGAAUUUUGAAACUUGUUAAUGUGAUAAUGUCCAUAUAUCACUGGCGCUAUUUAUUAUAAUAUAUACAUAAUAUAUUAAACUAUCUUUUUUCUUGAAUAUUAAAUAACUUUUUCCGCCGUAAUCAUUAUUCUGCCAACAAUAAACAUGACAUCAAGCAUCGAGUUGAUGAAAAUGCUCGAAAAUUUCAUUGAAAAACAAAAUGCUAAACCAGCGCAGUGCAAUGAUGAUAAAUUUCUAAAAGCUUUAAGAUCAAUUAAUGAUGGUUUGAUGAAUUUUGAAAUAAGCUUUUCUAAUUAUUUUAAUACUGUUUCAUCUACAGUCAAAAUUUUGAAAUAUGCAAUAGAUAUAAUGAUGUAUUUUAAAAAAUCAGAUUUAAUAGAACCCUUAAAUCAUAAAGCCUUUCUUGCUUAUAUGGAAUUGAGUUGUACAAUAUCGCAUUUAAAAUGUGUUAUUUAUUCGGAAGAUAUCAACGAAACUGGUGAUGGUGAUAAAUCGAUUCAGGAUUAUACAAACGAACAGUAUAUAUGUGAUACAAUUAAAUCAAAACUUGAUUUUUUUAAAACUGGUGUAGAUAACUAUUCUGUCAUUUGUAAAAUUACACAAACUUUUUGCGAGUUCUUAUUGGACUAUAUAAUAUUUUUGUCAAAUAUAAAUGAGAAAAAACUUCUUAAAAAAAAUUUGAAGUUAUUAUUGGAUGUUGGCGAUUCUAAACUAAUUUUGGAUAACCUGCAUGACUUCAACCAUUUAAUACCCGCUAAACUAAAAGUAGCUUAUAUGCAAAAAUUGGCGAAGUAUUGUAAUGAAUUUGGUUAUAACUUGAAUGAAUGUAAAUUCUUUAUGACGAUAACCGGAGAUACCAAAUUUGAAACAUGUAUCAUGACAUAUUAUACGUUAGAAAAUGUCUUUAGUAAUUUUCCACACAAAAAUAUGAAACAUACGUUGGAAAUUUUCGAAAAGUUUCCAUUGGAAUGCAUAAUUUCUCUAUUUGAAUCUGAAAUUCCAGAUUCGAGGACAAUUCAUUUUGACAAUCUAUGCAAGGAAGCUGUUGAAUUAUUCAGUUUUAAAAAGCACAAAAAAGUUAUGACUCUGAACGAUAGUUAUUGUAAAAUAACCACUUUUGUCGGUGUUCUGCAAUCAUUACAUGAUACGUACGGUGAUCAUGCUAUAAGGAACUACAGAUGUCCGUUUGCGUUAGUUUUGCUUUCUAUGUUAUAUGAUUUUGCCAUUAAUUCUGACUUGGAGUAUUCGGUUCUAAUUCGAUUAACACUGCUUGUAAUUGAUUAUUUAAAAACCUGUAAACUUCCGUCGAAUUUCAAAGCAGCUUGUUAUACGUUUGAUAUUUACCAUAAAGUUAAGUCUGACAACGAGAUGAACCAAUUGGUAAAAUCAUUAUGCAGAGUACUCUCACAAUGUAUAGAACCAAAUACCGUUAAGGAUCUUUUAAAUGGCAUUGGCGAUGAUGAAGAGUUGUCAGAUAAGUUAUUUAUCGCUUCAAAUUUCUUCUGUGACAGAACUGACGUGAGUUUGAAACAUGACCCGAUAAUAAACACCUUACUUUACACUCUGAAUGAAAAAACAAUACACGUCACACAACAGUCAACUGCAAAUAAUCAAUUGAUAUUACCAUACAGUUUAUCACUUCACUUCUCGAUUUUAACCAAUAACGAAGAAUGUCUAUACAAUAAUUUAGGUGUCCUAGACAAUUAUCUCUCUAUUUUGUUUGACAGCAAUCAAGUCAUCAGUAUCGACGAUAAAAAGUAUUUUUUGACCAAAUUGUUGUUGCAUUAUGACAAAAUUUCUCAUUUUUUGCCUAAAACGUUUUUAUUAAAUUGUUUGAAAAGUGUACUGACUCCUCAAAAUUUAGGUAUUAAAGUAGCCAAAGUACUUUUAAAUUUGUUCUCCUAUAAAAUGUUGAUGAAGUUCAUAGAAUCGUUAAAGGACGAAACCAUAAGGAUUAUGGAAAAACAGGAUUCUUCAAUAGAUGACAGUUAUCUUCUGUUUAUACUUGAACUCUGGUCCUGUUUGUUAAACAUGCAAUAUUUUAAUAAAAAAAGGAAAGUUCGCCGAGACUCCGUAAACCAUUUUUGUUUAAUCUUAAACAAAAAAUAUCUAUUUAGUUUGAAUAAUGUACCGACACAAAAGCGGUUGAUUUUUUUAAUAAAACUACUUUCUUUAAUGCUUAAAGUGUUUUGGGUAAACAAAACUACAGUAAUAAAUUGCUCGUUGCGUGUAAUUACUUUUGUCGAGAGAAGUUCGACAAUUACAGAAAAUAUUUUGACAGAAACUGCUGAACUGUUAAUCGUUUUGUACAAAUGUCCCAACAAUAGUAUAAAACCCUCGUUGGGUCUUUAUUUAGUCACUUUUGCUAACGUAGUAAAAAAAUGCUGGUUUUUCAUAACAGAAAAAGAUAUUACAGAAAUCGCAAAUGAUAAAAAGUUACUCAGACCUUUUCACAAACUUGACAAGUGUUCAAGUUUAUUCAAAGCAAACAAACAAGAUUUCGAAAAUAUUAGUCAGCACAUAAUCAGCAGUUUAAUAGAACUCCUUACCAUGCAUGAGCAUUUAUCUCCAAGAUUUUUGAGAUAUUACUUCAACAUUAUUUAUAAUAUAAUGGAUGUAUGUAGUCAACUUGAGAUGGCACAACUAUUAGCCACCGUCAAAGGGCCUUGUCUAAUGGUUUUAUCGAGAACUUAUGAGGAUUACAGAUCAAACGUUAGAUUCGCCGGAAGACUAUAGGAUGUACAUAUUUGAAUGUUGAGAGAUACAAUUAUUAUUAUUGUCGUUUGUUAUUAUAAAUAUAUGUUCCUACAGUUACCCCCUUCUCCUUUUUUUGUGUGCGCAUACAAACUUUGACUUAUUGCAAUAAUUCGAUGAUGCAGAUGUUCGUUAAAAAAACAAACUAAGUAUUUUUAUGAUUUUAUUUAAAUUAAAAAAUAAUUAUUAUAACUUAUACAUAUAGUGCAUAAUGCGUAUUUAUAAAAAAAUGUAUCUUUAAUAACCUUACAUUUAUUAAUGUCACGUAAUAUAUGUAAAACUCGACUUAAAAAUAUG